AUGCGGAAGUACAACUGGGAUAUUGGGAUUACACCGCUUGUAAGGAAGUAUUUUAUGAGGAUUGCUACAAAACGAAUGCGAGGCAUAGUUAGUCAAGCUAAGAAUAGUGGUCAACGGCCAAUUUGGAUCACACCUACGCUUUGGGCUUCAAUGUGGCAGCAUUGGGACACUCCUGAAUCUCAGGCGAGGAGUUCUACUGCUUCACAGUGCCGCAACUCUAAUCGUGGUGGUCUAGGAAUCGCAAAGCAUGUUUCUGGUCAGAAAUCAUACUUGAGAGUUCGACGUAAAAUGGUAUUUGUGUUCAUUUGUGAUCUUCUUGUUGUCAAUCUUCUUGCUGUUGGUUAA